AGACGCUGCCGAGUCAAGUUGGAGACUUCCUGGCCUCGUCCAGGCCUGGGUACCUGAGCAAUGGGCAGCAAGAAGAAGGAGAUUGCCCUGCAGGUCAACAUCAACACCCAGGAACUUUGGGAGGAAAUGCUCAGCUCCAAAGGACUGACUGUUGUGGACGUCUACCAGGGCUGGUGUGGCCCCUGCAAACCUGUGGUUAGCCUCUUCCAGAAGAUGAGGAUCGAGGUUGGUUUGGACCUUCUCCAUUUUGCUUUGGCAGAGGCAGACUGUCUUGAUGUUCUGGAAAAAUACAGAGGGAAGUGCGAGCCAACCUUUCUGUUCUAUGCGGGAGGAGAACUGGUGGCUGUGGUGAAGGGAGCCAAUGCCCCCCUGCUUCGGAAGACCAUCUUACACCAGCUGGAGGUCGAAAAGAAGGUUCUGGCUGAAGGCAGGGAACGGAACGUGGUGACUGACGAGGUUCUUUCUGGCACAGCCAAGUGUCCUCCCCGAGAAAAGGGCGGUGGUGAAGAUGAGGAUAUAGUGUCAUCAGAGAAGACCUGUACAUUAGCCAUCAUUAAGCCAGACGCGGUGGCCCAUGGAAAGGCUGAUGAGAUCAUGAUGAAGAUCCAGGAAGCAGGAUUUGACAUUCUAUCAAAUGAAGAGAGAACCCUGACAGAGACAGAAAUGCAAGUGUUCUAUCAACACAGAGCCGAGGAGGAGGCAUUUGAGAAGCUAGUACAUCACAUGUGCAGUGGACCCAGCCACCUACUGAUCCUCACCAAGACCGAGGGCACCGAGGAUGUAGUCACUGCUUGGCGAACCUUCCUGGGGCCUUGUGACCCCAAUGUGGCCAGGAGGGAACAUCCUGAAAGUCUCCGGGCUCAGUAUGGCACAGAAAUUCCCUUUAAUGCUGUGCAUGGAAGCCGGGACAGAGAAGAUGCCAACAGAGAGCUGGCCCUGCUCUUCCCCAGUUUCAAGUUUUCAGAUAAAGACACAAAAGCCCCACAGGGUGCUGAGGCUCAAAGAGUGGUGAGCCCUAUGGAGGCCCUUUGAAUCUCUAAGCGUAUCUGAGGACUGGAACACUACUGUCUUCUGCCAGGAUCAAGAUCACAAGGCCACCAGAGGAGCCAUUGGUAUGCUCAUGUCUGCACAGGAGGACCUUCAGAGGACGACUGCAGAGCACCGAUAUGUUCUUGGUUCAGCCCUAUUUUGUAGACAACGAAAAUAACUGUCUUACUAGACAGUCUACAGAACAUACCCUACCUUCUAGUCACGGCACUCUACUGAGGCAAUGGUGUCACCUCUGAGGAUGUUGGAUCCCCCCAACAAUAAAGCUACUGUU